AUGAACAUCAAGCAUUCGAUCUUCAAAGUCAACUUCACCAAGAUCGUCAACUCUCAUUCAAACUUCAACUCAAUCUUCAAGCGAUCAAUCAAGACUUCUUCCACCAUGCCUCAGUACUCCGAAGGCGACACCGUCCGCUACAAGCCCGUCGGCGGCCCCGACUCCAACACUUCCGAGUCGACCGGCACCAUCAAGAAGGUCCUCACCGAGCCCGACACGGUCGGCGACCGCCACGUCAAUGCCAGCGACGACGACCCUAGAUACGAGAUCGAGAACGCCAACACCGGCAAGACUUCUGCCAUCUACGAGCGCAACAUCUUGGGCAAGGCCGAGUAG